AUUUAUGCUAGUACCUUAAUAUUUGUAACAUGAACAACGCCAUUUAUGCGGGAAGUCAACUUAAAAAAAUGGACAAUAUUUGUGUUAAUUUAUUUUUAUUAGGAAUUCAGAUAAUAGGCUAUGCACAUGGCGAAGAAUAUUGCAUAAACACGGACACUGGAAACAAAUAUUGUGAAAGUUGCUGCGGUAGCUGGCCAAGACAAUACUGCUGUGAAGAAACAUCAUGGAUAGUUGGAGUUGCCGUCGGUUGUACUUUUGGAGCCCUAUUCAUUAUUGGAGUCUGUGUUGUUCUUUAUUGUAUAAUACAACAGAAGGGAAAGUCCGGACGAGUUAUUCAGGCUAGCACCGUCGGUCAACCUCCAGUAUGCACUUCAACAGUCGUCAGUCAUGCGCCAUAUCGCCAACAAGACCAACAAGGCGUGUCGUAUGGCAACCAAGGCGUGCCAUAUGGCCAACAAGGCGUGCCGUAUGGCAACCAAGGAGUGCCAUAUGGCCAACAAGGCGUGCCGUAUGGCAACCAAGGCCUGUCGUAUGGACAACAAGCUUCGGCUCCACCACUAGCAUAUCCUCCGCCGCAGUCUCCACCAAGCACUCAGAAUCUUUAUGGAAAUCAGGCUCUCACCUAAGCUGAAGGUUUGCAAAGCCAACCUCAAUCAAGCGAUGGCCUGCCAGGAAACCAUUGCGUUGUUUACACUGUGAUAAAUUGUAAUCAGUGCCAAACUAUAGGCUCUACAUUUCAUAUUAAAUGUAAUAUUAAUUACCAAAACUACCAUUUUGUAAUUUUUAAUAGUAUGAGACGCAACGUCAUCAAACUAGAGUCUUUUAUAAUAUCAUCAUAGUCGUCGUCAUCUUCGUCGUCAACAUCAUCACCAUCAUCAUCGUCGUCGUCGUCACCGCCACCGUUAUCGUUGUGGUAUUAAUAUUGUUAAAGGUCACGUCUACUUCGUGCCCAGUCUACCAGGACUUCUUAUUCAUUUAGGCAGUGAAAUAUUGUUUAGAAAUGACUUCAAAAUCAGAAAGGUAUAAACAUUUCAAUAUUUGGAUAAAUAUUAUGUUGGUAAUUUCGAUUCCAUGGCAACAUGGCCAGUCCAGUAUGUUUUUGGAACUGGUAUUCCUUCAAAUAUACCGCCGUUAGAACUAUGUUAAAUUAAUGUAAUCCGUCCACUUCCAGAAAAAGCUAGCCAAUGGUGUCAUAUGGGGUGUUAGAAGUUGUCGUUAGGACAUAGGAUGUUCGCUGUUAUGGUCAAAGAUCGGCUCAAAGGUUAAAUUUCCAUUUUCUUUUCUUCCGUAUUUGGGAUGUCAAUCCGUCGGGAAUGUGUUCUUUUGCAACUAUGUGCGCCAUAUUUUUAAAUUAUGUUAAAGUUUAGAUAAAAUUAUUUAAUUAUUGACAUUUUUGUACUCGUAUAGCGAUACAUGUCAAAUAUUUCUUGUUGAUAACCCAUUUUUUUAUUCUGUUGUAUCUCCAAUAAAUUAUACUGAGGUGGUACUGUAAGAAUGAUUCAUCAGCAAACCACUGGCUGAUCAUAAUAUGGUAUUCGAUCAGCGCUUCUAGUUUCUAUUAAACAGGUACACAUUAUUUAUUCACUCAGAACUAGAGCUAGUUUUAUAAUUAUCAUUCUCUAUAUCGUUUCGGUUACACUAAAUCAAACAAUGAGGCUGACACUACCACAAAUAUGAAGAUGGAUUGGGAACUGAGAAGAAAAUUAAAAGGUUCUAGAUGAAAUUACUUGUGUUAGUUAAAUAUACUAGCUAAUGGCAACUGAUCAACAUGAAAAAUCCAGUUCUUUGAUCUUUUUGUCUAUGAAUGUAUAUCAGAUUGAUAGUUAACUUAUGUUUUCGGAAUAUAUGCAUAUCAUGCACUGUUAUAAACUAGUAAUCUUAUUAUAAAAAGUAUGUAAGAUUCAUCAUUAAUAUGUAUACUAUGUCUUGUAAACGAAUCAUAAUCUUACAUUGAUGUUUGUAAUAGAUCUACAUUAUGUUACUUUUAUAAAGAAAGAAAAAAUUAUUUAUCUAUAUGUGCAAAAAAAAAAACCUAUACAUUCUGUACAUGUACAAUGUAGAUUUUUAGGUGCUACGUUAGAUUUUGUCAAGUAAUGGAUUUGUUCGAGAGUUUAAGAGAUGAUCAUUUACACUUAUUUGUGUCAUAAGUGUUGGAUUUCUGCUGGUUUGAUCAUAUCCGAUCCUGAUUGCUCAAGAAAGGUAGAGCUUUCUGUAUAUGUAUAAAUGUAAUAAAACAACUCUUUCCAGUUGGAUGAUAUGAGUAUAAGAACUGUUGUGCUAUAUUUGUAAACGAAUUACAUUGACAAAUAUUUAAAACUUCCUUUGUGAUUCAGAUUGUUAAAUAUCCUAAUAUCUUUCGAAUGCAAGUUUGAGACUAGAAAUUUUUAAAAGGAAAAGAAAUAAUCCACAUUUUGAACACUUUCAUAUUAAAAUGUAAUAAAAUAAGAUAAAAAACAUACAUUUCUAAAAUAGAUCUUACUGUGUGUAAUGGGUCUUUUUGUUCAUUAUAUAAAUAUCUAACAGAAUAUAUUAAUGAAAGAACGGAAAUACUAAUGGUGCGAUUGUCUUGUCAGUCUGUUCGAACCCCGCUACCAACCGGACUGUCAAUAACUCUGGUCUAGUCCUAUUCCUUCCCUAAUACAAUGGUUAGAAAAAUUGACCACCGCAAGGAAAAUUGACCGCCUAAAUAUAAACUGAAAUACUGUUGAAAACGGGUGUUUAAACAAAAAAAAAUUGCAUCUACCCCAGAGAAGCAAAUUGGAGAUAAAGCACUUUUACAAUAUUUCUUUCAGCAUUCGUGAGAAUGCUUCUAAAACGAAUUUAUUUAGCAUAAAAUUGUCAAAAAACUACCUUUAAGUCAUUCAUAUGAAUUAUACUGCGCAUUAUUAAUUACAUGUAUAUGUUUAAAUAAUAAAAAAUAUUACUUUUA